UGUCCAUAAGAGGGAGUCAAGUUUCUUAUAUGCACCAUUUUCGCCCGCUUCCACAACAGAACUACAGAGCACGUUGACCGGAGAGGGGGGUAAUACUGCUUGACAACGAUUAUUUUCUCUCAUAGUGGCUGUGGAAACUCAUAUCUGCGGUUGGAUAGUCAGUCGGUCGGUCAGUCCGCCCCUUCAGCCUUCACCCACAACUUCGCCUCUUUGCCGCAGCUGAAGAACAAGGGGGUUCAUGAUCAUCAGGAAGCUCUUAAUUUAUUCAUACCUGGAUUAACUCACAGGCGGCAAUAGUUUUUUUCUUUUUCUUUUAGUCUUUUUUUCCCCUCUAACGGAUAGUCUUUUUUCCCUCGUCUGUAAGAAUGUUGUGGAAAUUAGCCGACAACGUGAAAUAUGAGGAUGACUGUGAGGAAAGGCACGACGGCAACAGCAAUGGGAACCCCCGGCUGCCUCACCUGCCAGCGGUCAGCCAGCACCUCUACAGCCCUUCUCCGUCCCUCUCCCACUCGGGCAGUUCGGACUUCCAGCCCCCCUACUUCCCGCCUCCCUACCAACCCAUCUCCUACCCGCAGUCCAGUGACCCCUACUCCCACCUCGGCGACCCUUUCAACAUCAACUCCAUACACCAGUCGCAGUCAUCGAACCAGCAGCAGGCGUGGCCCGGCCGGCAGGGCCAGGAUGGUCUCGUCGCCCACGGGAGGAGCGGACUGGCGAGUCAGAUCCUGGGCCUAGAAGGAGGCUCGUCAGGGGUGAGGAGGGAAGGGUUCCGCCGGCCGGAGUUGCUGCCCCCACACCCGCACAGCAUAGAGCCGUCGGUUAUUGGCGAUAACAUGGGGAUGCACGACAUGGGGCACGGACUGGAGGAUGUUCAAAAUGUAGAUGACCACAGUAUUAUUAUGGCAGAUCAGACAGUCAUCAAAAAAGUAUUAGGACUACGAGGUGGCAGGAACCUUGAUCGCUUACAGAGGACUUAUUAUCAGGGGGGCGUUCUUGCGGGGCCUGUCACUCUACCCAAAGGCAACGCUCUGGGUCUUCCUUUCCAGAAAGAGUCCCUGCUUGGCAUGGUAUCAAACCCAACAGAGGUGUUCUGCUCCGUACCAGGCCGUCUUUCCCUGCUGAGCUCCACAUCCAAAUACAAGGUUACCGUGGCUGAGGUCCAGAGACGUCUGUCACCCCCUGAGUGCCUCAACGCAUCGCUCCUGGGAGGGGUUUUACGCAGAGCCAAGUCAAAAAAUGGAGGUCGCUCUCUAAGAGAAAAGCUUGAUAAGAUUGGGCUCAACCUGCCUGCAGGAAGAAGGAAGGCAGCCAAUGUCACUCUACUUACCUCACUAGUAGAAGGUGAAGCUGUUCAUUUAGCAAGAGACUUUGGUUACGUGUGUGAGACAGAGUUCCCUGCAAAGGCAAUUGCUGAAUACCUGGGCAGGCCGCAUGUGGAACGCAACGAAGUUAACUCUCGCAAGAACAUGCUCCUUGCUGCCAAGCAAAUCUGCAAGGAGUUCACAGACUUGCUUACUCAGGACCGUUCACCUCUGGGAAACUCGCGGCCGGCCCCCAUCAUGGAGCCUGGAAUCCAGGGCUGCCUGACCCACUUCAGCCUCAUCACUCAUGGCUUUGGCUCUCCAGCCAUCUGCGCCGCCAUGACCUCACUUCAGAACUACCUGAACGAGGCGCUCAAACAAGUGGACAAGAUGUACCUUACCUCUGGUAGUGACACCCAGGGGUCCUCAGACAGUGGAAGCAAAUCUACCGACAAAAUGGACAAGCACAGGAAAUGAGAACUCAAAGCAGAAUCCUUAUGAACUUGAGAACCCCUGAGUCCCUUAAUCUUACUGCCCUGUCUGCCCUUUUUGGACUUAUAAAAAUCAAUAUUGAUUGCUAAGUAUUGUCAUUUUGAGAGCUGAAUUUGUGUGUAUGUGUGCGUGU